CAGGAUGGCUAAGCGCACGAAGAAAGUCGGGAUCGUCGGCAAGUACGGCACCCGUUACGGCGCGUCCCUUCGCAAGGUCGUGAAGAAGCAGGAGGUGUCUCAGCACUCCAAGUUUUUCUGCGACUUUUGCGGCAAGUACGCCAUGAAGCGUCAGGCCGUCGGCAUCUGGAAGUGCGCGGGCUGCAAGAAGACCAAGGCGGGCGGGGCGUACACGCUCAACACCUCCGCCGCGGUCACCGUGCGAUCCACGAUCCGCCGUCUCCGCGAGAACACCGAGAAGUGAUCGUC